UUAAGAAAUGACAAGCGAACAAUGUUUUAAUUAAGCGAAUGUCAAAAUGGGUCUUGAAAGGAACGUGACCAAGGAGGAGAGAUCGCUAGCUGGCUAAAAUCAAAGCCGAGCUCCCCAGGCGCGCCGCGCGCCGCGCCCUCGGCCUCGAUCUUUUAACUCCCAGACACAUCACGUUGCGCCACGCGAUCGAGUUCAUCGCUUCCGGUCUUCGAUCCGCCACGCGAUCGCCGGCCGCCGCCCGGCAUGGGCACCGGACGCAAGCCUGUCGACGGCGAUGGCGACGGCGCUGCAUCAGCCGUCGUCUUCCUCGUGCCGUUCCCGGCGCAGGGCCACGUAACCCCGAUGCUCCACCUGGCGCGCGCCCUCGCCGCGCGCGGCGACGUCGCGCCCACCGUCGUCCUGCCCGAUUUCAUCCACCGCCGCGUCGUGCGGGCCGGCGGGAACGGCGGCGGAGGCGGCGUGGCGCUCGCCUCCUUCCCCAGCGGCAUCCCGGGCGGCGACGACGGAGACGGCGAUCCGGGCUUCGCCAGCAUCGUGCACGCCAUGGAGAACCGCAUGCCCGCGCACCUGGAGCGCGUGCUCAUGCUCAUGCGCGACGACGACGACGACCGCCUUGCAGCUGCUGGACGGAGGGCAGCGUGCCUAACCGUCGUCGUCGACGUACUGGCGUCGUGGGCCGUCCCGGUGGCCACGAGGUGCGGCGUGGCGGCCGUGGGGUUCUGGCCGGCGAUGCUGGCGAGCUACCGCGUCGUGGCGGCCAUACCCGAGCUCAUCGACAGGGGGCUCGUCUCGGAAUACGGUAUUCCCAUAUUGGCAAACGGAUUCAACAAAAACCAGGGCCAAGUAAAAGCAAACCUCCAGGCUGAAAUCAUCAGCUUAUUCCCCGAAGAACUAGAGCUAAGCACCACAGAUUUGCCAUGGCUCGUCGGCGACGCGGCGACCCAGAAAUCAAGAUUCGCCUUCUGGCUCCGGACAAUGGAGCGCGUGAAGACCCUCCGCUGCAUCCUCGUCAACUCCUUCCCCGGCGAGGCCAUCGCCGCCGGCGCCGACCAGCAACAGCCAUUGCCGCAGGACCAGCAAAUCCUCCAAGUUGGACCAUUGCUAGCCACCAUCGUCACUGAUCGAGCAAAAGGCAACAGCAACUUGCGGUGUUCGCCAAUGAAGACGACGAAGAACGACACCAGCACGUGUCAGGCAGACGACAGAACCAGCUGCAUGGAAUGGCUCGACCAGCAGCGUCCAGGUUCGGUGGCGUACGUCUCGUUCGGGACAUGGGUCGCGCCGAUCGCGCCGGGCGAGAUCACCGAGCUCGCCGUCGGCCUGGAGGCCACCGGCCGGCCGUUCCUGUGGGUCCUCAAGGACGACCCGUCGUGGCGAGCCGGCCUCCCCGCCGGAUACACGGAUCAGUACUCCGGCCGCGGCAAGAUCGUCGCGUGGGCGCCGCAGGAGGACGUCCUCGCGCACGGCGCCGUCGGGUGCUACCUCACGCACUGCGGCUGGAACUCGACGCUGGAGGCGAUACGGCACGGGGUUCGCAUGCUGUGCUACCCGGUGGCCGGCGACCAGUUCAUCAACUGCGCGUACAUCGUCAGGGCGUGGGGGAUAGGGAUCAGGCUGCGCAGUGCCGACCGUGGCGAGGUGGUGGAUUGCGUCGGGAGGAUCAUGGAAGGCGAGGACGGGAGGCGCUUGCGGGAGAAGCUGGAUGAGCUGAGGGAGAGGGUUAUGGCGGGUGAGGCAUUGUGCGUAGCAAAGAGGAACAUUGAGGAAUUCAUUCGUGGGAUUAGUGGACAGAGAUUACAAUAGGGGCUUGUUAAUUUGAUCGUGAACGUUAUUAAUUGCCGUGAAAGAAAAAGGAUAGUUUGAUCAAUAUGAAGCAUCUUAAGGAAUUAACCGAAGCGCUUAAUGAGUCAUAAAAAAAUGUGUCAUGCCGCUGACUCGUUCGUGUAAACAUUUUGUUGCCUAAGAGCGAAGAUGUACAUUAAUCCUAAAUCAUGCAUGCUUCAUACAUGUGGUGCUCUAUUA